AUGCCAAACGUGAACGUUGACAGUGGCGAAUUGAAGGGCCUUAUUCUCCCUAAUGGCCUACGCCGUUUUCUAGGAAUCCCCUAUGCGGAGCCUCCGGUUGGUGACCUGCGCUGGCGGCCGCCGCAACCUGUGAGCCCCUGGACAAACCAGCGCAGUGCUCUGGAUUAUGGCCCAAGCAGUAUGCAGAAACCACCUCUGGCAACAUCAAUCUACUCAGGCGGGGAGACCAACUUCAGUGAAGACUGCCUGUAUCUGAAUGUAUGGACAGGGAGCGCUGAAGACACCGGUCGACCAGUCAUAGUCUGGCUGCACUUCGGAGCGCACCAAUUCGGCUCAGCCUCCAACCCGCAAUACGACGGCGCUGCACUCGCUGCGGAGGGUAUCACAGUUGUGUCGAUCAAUUGGCGACUGGGCCGCUUUGGCUUUCUGGCACACCCAGAUUUGACUGCCGAGUCCGGCUAUGGUGGCUCUGGCAACUACGGCCUCAUGGAUCAAAUUGCUGCCCUACAGUGGAUUCAACGGAACAUCGCCGUCUUUGGCGGCGAUCCUGCCAAUGUCACCCUUGCUGGUGUCUCGGCGGGCGGGAAUAGUGUGCAUGCACUGCGAGCCUCACCAUUGGCCAAAGGAUUGUUCUCGAAAGUCAUUGCCAUGAGCGGAUCAGGAGUAGCACCGCCUGCAGAUGGACAUGGGCAUCCUGGAAAUAUAUCCACACUGGCUGCAGCAGAGCAGGCUGGAACGGAGCUCGCUGAGAUACUAGGGUCUCCAUUCAUUGCUGAAAUGCGGAAGUUGCCCGCAGAGACGAUCAUGGCAGCUAAAUUACCUCGCAUGAAAGGGUGUUGGUCCUUUGACAUAAUCCCAGGGGCCAAAAUCAGUUUGCAUGUGUUUGAUACGGGCUACCCCAUAGUUGAUGGACAUGUGCUGAGGCAGACACCCCUAAAAGCUUUCUUGUCUGGCACGGUUAUUGAUACUCCCAUGCUGGCAAGCAACACCGGGAACGAGGCAUCAGGCCUCCCUCAUAUCAAAACUGUGACUGAGUACCAGACAUAUGUCACGAAGACUUUCCCUUCACACGCAGAGAAUAUUCUCAAACUUUACCCAGCGAGCACCGAUAACGAUGCCAGGUUCGCCAGUUGGGAUCUCAUUCAGGAUCAGAUUUUCGUGUGGUCAACCUGGACUGCUGCGCGGCUUCAGUCACGGAUGCUCAAGUCGCCAGUUUGGUACUCUCGAUUCCUACGCGCGCCACCAAUAGCGAUCGGGGCGGCGGAGCGGGAGUAUGCUGGGGCGUUUCAUGCUGCCGACGUCAUGUAUGCUUUUGGGAAUCUUGAUAAGCGGCCUUGGGACUGGACUGAUGAUGACCGGACCCUCUCGGCGGCGUUGAUGUGGACGUGGAUCAACUUUGCGCGUACUGACAAUCCAAAUAUGAAGGGCGAAGUGAGUUGGCCACAUCUUGAGCUAGGAAGCAAGACGGUAAAGAUUUGGGAUAUUGAGCCAAGGAUGGAAUUGGAUGGGCCUGCACCGGAGAGAAUGGCUUUCUGGGAUGCAUAUCAUGGGAUCGAUUCCUGUUUCAUUUAG